AUGCGAUCGGACGAAAUGUUUCUCAUCAAAAUCUUCGACAGCAAUCCCGAUGUUGCCCGAUUUGGUGCUCAUACAGGUUUUAUCAAUGAGCAUGCACCUCCAACGGAUCUUGAACAGAAAACAAACAAUACUCUAUCAUUUCAUGAAUUACCACAAGAAACUCAAUUAUCAAUUGAACGUAAUCGUUUAGCUGGUUAUUGUCAUAAAGCAUAUAAAAAAGUGAAUCAUACACGAGAAGAAACACGAGAAACAACUGUAUGUCAAUGUGAAAAUUCUUUUUAUGUUGAUACAGUUCGUGCAUUUCGUGAUCGACCAAAUGCAUCAAAAAAAGAUGAUCUUAAUGAAGUUAAACGAUGUAAUAAUUUAGUUGUUAUUUAUGAUUCAUUACAACUUGCACAUAAAUGUAUUCUUAAUUCAUUUUAUGGUUAUGUUAUGCGAAGAGGCGCUCGUUGGUAUCGAAUGGAAAUGGGUGGUAUUGUAUGUACAACAGGUUCGACUAUUAUCAAACGUACUCGAGAACUUGUUGAACAAAUUGGUCGACCACUUGAACUUGAUACAGAUGGUAUAUGGUGUGUAUUACCAGCAACAUUUCCUGAAAAUUAUGAAUUAAUAACACGUGAUCCAUCACGUCCAAAAGUUGUUAUAUCUUAUCCAUAUAGUUUAUUAAAUUUAAUUAUUAAAGACCAUUAUACAAAUGAUCAAUAG